ACGUUGCAGUCCCGGAGCAAAAGAGCACGUCCGAUAAAAGUGGCAAGCCCUCCUCCGCCGGAUCCUCUGCUCCGGUGCCACCGAAGUACGCGGGCUAAUAGGACAUCGCAGCAAUCAUGUCUUUCGAUCCAGUUUCAUUCGCGAAGGAUUUCGUCGCCGGUGGCGUCGCCGCGGCUAUUUCCAAGACGGCUGUCGCGCCCAUCGAGCGAGUCAAGCUUCUGCUCCAGGUGCAACAUGCCUCCCAGCAAAUCUCUGAAGCCCAGCGCUACAAAGGCAUGAUCGACUGCUUUGUCCGAAUCCCCAAGGAACAGGGCUUCCUCAGUUUCUGGCGUGGCAACCUUGCCAAUGUGAUCAGAUACUUCCCCACUCAGGCGUUGAACUUCGCCUUCAAGGACAAGUACAAGCAGAUCUUCCUCGGUGGUGUCGACAAGAAGACCCAGUUCUGGCGCUACUUUGCCGGCAAUCUGGCCUCCGGAGGCGCGGCUGGUGCCACUUCCCUGUGCUUCGUCUACCCGCUGGACUUCGCCCGAACCAGGCUGGCUGCAGACAUCGGCAAGGGUGCAGGACAGCGGGAGUUCACUGGACUGGGCAACUGUCUUGCGAAGAUCUUCAAGUCGGAUGGUCUCAUGGGGCUGUACCGUGGCUUCAAUGUGUCUGUACAGGGCAUCAUAAUCUACCGAGCGGCCUACUUUGGCUUCUUUGACACUGCUAAGGGCAUGCUUCCGGACCCCAAGAACACUCCCAUUGUCAUCUCGUGGAUGAUCGCCCAGACUGUGACUACUGUGGCGGGCAUCAUGUCUUACCCGUUCGACACUGUCCGAAGGCGAAUGAUGAUGCAGAGCGGUCGGGCGAAGCAAGAUCUCAUGUACAAGAACACCAUACACUGCUGGGGCAAGAUAUACAAGACUGAAGGCGGUGCUGCCUUCUUCAAGGGAGCCUUUUCUAAUGUCCUUCGAGGUACCGGAGGUGCACUUGUGUUGGUCCUGUACGACGAAAUCAAGGCGUUCAUAUUCUAGGGACCAUACACUGUGCAUAAAGACUUUUGAGAGCAAAGUGGAAACGCAAGCUUUGCUGUGGCUUCGUGUGCCUCCCCCAGAGACUUGUUGUUGGCAUAGUUUGUUCAUGCCCCCAUUUUUUUUUUUUUCGGAGUUGUAGUCGAAUCUAUAUAAGCCUUGUUCUUCUGCCCUGGUCUAUGGGGAAGUAAACUCUGCAGGAUUGGAGGAUGCCAGCCCCUGCCCAUCACCAAUUGGCACAUAACUUAAGCACACAUUCCACUCGUCAGUUUAGUUUUAAUGGAAUGAAUGCAGAGAACUCAUUGCUGGGGGGGGGUGUAAG